AUGAUCUCCACACCAGCAUGUCUUGUGUUCCUGGCUAUAAUUUUAAGUAAGUAGAGUUUUUAGCAUCCCAAUUUCUUUGGAUUUGUGCUCAUUUCUUUCAAACAUCGUGGGAAUGUAGACACCCGCUUCAGCCCUUUGGGGUCCAUCUAAUUCAGGGCUGUAUAAUAUUAUCUCUGGAGGUUUCAGGAAGGGAUCUCUCUCUGUGCAACCAGGAAGUGUCAUUGUGGAAUGAACCUGAGACCUUCUGCAUGGAUGCUGUACCACAAAACUACAAUCCUUAAAUCAUUGCUUCUUCAGAAUUUGCACCAACUGUUGGGGCUGUUUUCACCGAUGGCUGCAUUCACCCAAGGAAUGGGGAAUCUGUUGUCUUCCAGAUGUUGUUGAACUACAACUUCAACCCUUGGUGGCCAUCUUCCAUGCUGGCCGGGUCUCGUGGGGGUUGACUCCAGCAACAUCCAUGGGAUCACCAGAUUCCUCACAACUGAUCUCUUCUUUGCUUGCCUUCCACCCCUUGUCUAAAAUACCUCUGAGACUUCAUAUGAGUUCAUCUUCUUGUCUAACUCAAUGUACUUGGUCGGGCAGAGAGACUAACAGUGCCUACAAAUAUCUAGCAUCUUGACCACUAAAACUCACCCAGUUCACCCCAUUAAUGUCUGCAACUUGAAACAAGCGUGCAGAAGACCACAGAAGAUCAAUGUAUGUUAACAUAGUUUCUUAACAUUGAUCGUUUUACAGUCUUUGCAGUCUGUUUGAAUGUAAACAAUGUAUGGAUUUGCACUGAGGGCCACAUUGAAGGCUCAUACCAAACUCAAUACGAGGCAGCUUGUUAGGUUUCUAAGAUAUGUUAGGUUUGUGGAGGGAGAAGGAGAAAAAUGUAAAGGGAAGGGCAGAGACAAUAAGGGUGCUCACACAUCACUUUCAAUGAGUGUACAAUCUUUGAACACAAAACAGUUGAACUGCACAAACCAAGAAGUGUACUUUCUAUCACACAAAGAGCUUGUAAACAUUCAGAGACAUCCUGGAUCUGUGUUCAGUGUAAAGCAGAAAGAAGCUUUAUAUUGCCUUUUCCUGAAAUGAAAAGGUUCAGAAAUAAAGGUGCAUAGGUUUGCAAGACCUUAAUGAAGCGAAACUGAAGGGGAAAUGUAGCACAACUCCUAUCCCCAAAUGCUUUUUUAAAAGAAGAUGCCAAGAAGUGGUCUGGGGUUGUCCACUGAUUUAUCAGCCAGUCCAGCUGCCCAUCUCACAUCUUACCUUUAUCUUCUCUGUAGAGGAGAGUAUUGAAGAAUCAGUAAAGCAAACAGAAGGCACUGUGACCAUCACCCAAGGGAAAAAAGUGACUCUGAACUGCACCUAUGACUUGUCAGGCGUCAUCUAUCCAUUCUGGUACAUUCAAGAUCCUGGCCAGCCUCCCAGGCUUUUCCUGAGGGAUUUUGGAAAAGAAGACUCUGAUGAGGGAAAUCUUCGAGACUUCAGUGCUGCCCACAAAAAGACUCCAAAGACCUUCAACCUGGAGAAAGCUGCCAGCCAGCUGAACGACUCUGCUGUCUAUUUCUGUGCCGUGACUGACACAGUGAGGCUGGCCAGUAGAGAAGCAGAACAAAAACAUACAAAGGGGAAAAACACAGGAGCAUUCAAAGGAAAUCCAGGGAUCCAAGAUGCAAUCCUGUGCUCAUAUCCUUGGAAGACCUCUGUAGCACUGGAGAACUUGCAUUAGAUCUGAUGGCAAAAGACAUGCUUAUAUUUACACACACACACCCCAAUUAGUUCUUGAAAACCAAGUGACCCAACAUGGGCAUUUGAUGUUUUGCUCACUCUCCCUUGCUCUCUUUAAAGCUCAAGAUCUGCACAUGCUCAAAGUCUAAUUGACAAAAUCAUUCAGAAUUUAAUGAAAGACAUAGAAGUAGGAAUGUUGCAGGGUGUGUGUGUGUGUUUCAGAGCUGGAUAACAUGAUAAAAACUUAGCUGUCAACCCUUCUUUCUUUUUCCUCAUGAAAUAAUUUUUAUUAUUUUAUUUUUAUUCAGACUUUUUAUAUACCACUUAACUAUGAUUAUUUCUAGGUGGACAAGAAAUAUGAUACAGAAAAAGUUCCAAAAAACUGAUUUCAGUUAAAACACUAGCUGGAAUAAGUGAAAUCUUCAUUAGGCUCCCGAAGUUCCACAGGGAUGGGUCCUGUCUGACUUCAGCUGGAAGACAGUUCUUUAAAAUUGGACCCAUAAUACUGAAUACACAGCUCCUGGUGGAUCUUUGUUGUGCAUCUGAGCCAGCAGGGACCACUGACAGUGGUCAACAACCUCAGUGAUCAGACAGAGAUCUACCGAAGAGGAAUCUUGGUAAACAUCAUGGCAUCUCAAAGCCAGCUAGGACCUCAGGACUGUCUGCUGUGUAGCACUGCUUCUCUGCUCCAGCCAAAAUAGAUCCCCCCAAAUUGGUGCACGAUAUUCUUCAUGUGGUUUCAAAUUAGGCUUAUGGGACAGGAUUUAUGGCAGUCGCUAGUGCUGCUGUUUAAAACAGCUAGGCAGCUUCUAAUUCCUUCUGCCAGAAUCACCCAGAAAUGUUGUUAUCUGGAGGCAGGCAAGAUGAAAUUUAAGGCUUGAACCUUCAUUGAUCAUGAACUCAUCCCUAUACCAGAGCUGUCAAAUUUCAUGUGUAUGGACUUUCUAAAUGGCUCUUUGUGAAUUUUGUUGCAGGUAACCCUGCAUGGGCUCAAGAGGUCAUCCAGCCAGGAUUGGCUACAGCACUUGACAGAAAACCAUACAACCUCAGCUGCAGCCUCUCUUCUGCGUCAAGUGAUAUGAUCCAGUGGUACCGGCAGUUCCCAGGAGAAGGACUUCAGUAUAUUGCUGGUGGAUAUCCAGGGAUUCCUGGUGAAGGGGCUGAUCCAAAGAGCACAGUGUAUGUUGGACAGGACAAGAAAUCCAACACACUUGUUCUCCAUCAGGUGAAGCUGGCAGAUGCUGCUGUCUACUACUGUGCUCUGAGUGACACAGUGUGUCAGCAAGGGACUUUCCCUGUGCAAAAACUCUUCUCAGUGUCUGAGCAGAGGAGGAGCUAA